AUUGGCCAAUCAAAAUUAGUUCAUCUGAAUUCGACUGUUGACAUUCUAAAUUCAGACGAUCAUUUCUGAAAUGUUUAAAUAUUUCAGUUUUCUAAAGUUUAUUUGGUAUUUUUGGUGUUAGAGUGUUGUUAUCCUUGUGAUCUUCAUUUUUCUGAUAAAAUGUCAGAACUAUCUCUGGUUGAUCCAACAUGGGAAAUGAUUGAUCCUAAUCCCAAUAUUUGGUCCCUUUUUGCUGAUUUUGAUAAAAGAUUUUUUAACGGCACGUUAACUUCAAGUUUCGUUGAAUUGAUGUGGUCUUCCAAUCGUAUGACUUCUACUGCUGGACUUUGCUGUUGGAAUCCUAGAAACAAUUAUGCUACAAUUAAACUAUCAUUGCCUUUGCUCCAGCUCCGUUCAAGAGCUGAUUUGGUUGAAACUUUGCUGCAUGAGAUGAUUCAUGCCUAUUUGUUUGUUACUCGGGAAGAUGAUAACCACGAAUCUCACGGGCCCAAGUUUCAUAUGCACGUGUUCAGAAUCAACAAACUGGCUCGUACCAAUAUAACUGUUUAUCAUACUUUCCAUGAUGAAGUCAGAUCCUAUCAACAGCAUGUUUGGAAGUGCGAUGGUCCUUGUGCAUUAAGGCCUCCGUAUUACGGCUAUGUCCGUCGUGCAAACAAUAGAAAACCUGGCCCUUAUGAUUAUUGGUGGAGUCAACACCAAUCUAACUGUGGAGGAAAUUUCGUAAAGAUUUCAGAACCAGAGAAGGUUGUGAAACCUAAACAGAACGGAAAAAGCAAGCAGGUAGCAGAAGUAAAAAAUAACAAACGUAUCCUCGAUUUUUUCAAGACAACUUCACCUAUUAACAGUCCAAACAAUAAAAGUCCAACCACAAGCAGUCCAUUGAAUAAUAAGAUAGAAACGAAAAGUACACCGCUGAAAUCAAGUCCAACUAUUAAACACGCUGAUAUCAGACAUUUCAUCUCACCAGUCAAAUCUCCCGAGCCUGAAACAACGUUUCCUGGUAAAGGUCAUCGUCUUGGUUCUGCCUCAGAACUCGACAAACCUGUCAAAAAAAUGAGGCUAGAAGAUGUAGAAGUUGGUGAGGUAUCGAGUAGUCAAGAUAGAUCUUUGCCUACCCAUCUAAUUAGUCAAGAUACGGUCAAACCUAUCCUUGCAAUGAAAACUGUUAACUUCCUUCAAAAUGGUAAAAGGACAAUGCAAAACUCUGAAUUACCAGACUUGCUCUCUCAAAUUGUAAAUAAAUCUACUUCCUCCACUGAAUCAAGCAAGGAAAACCGCGCGGAGUCGUCUUCUGGACAGAAACUAAAUCACUCAAGCCAUUCAGCAGUUACUUUAUCAGAUGACGAGGACUUCACCUAUGAUCUUCCCGAUUUUGACAUUGACGACUCUAUUAUCAUUGAAACUGUCGUAGAUAAUCGAAACGAACAAGAUGUUGCUAAAAGUCUAGCUGUUGAUUUAAAUCAACCCUCUACUUCGAAAGUUCAAGAGCCAAUACAUAAUCCAGAUGAGGAUGAAGAUGAUUUCACUUAUGAUCUACCUAAUUUUAUACCAUUUUGUGGACCUGGACAUAGACUGGGUUCUGCAGUCACCAAUAAAGCCCCUUCCCGGCAGUCAAAAAAUUCCACUAAUGUGAUUCAGCCUAAACUAAACAAUGCUCAAAAAACUCAAGUCAUCAACCUUAUUUAAACCAUUUUCAACUUUUGAUAUUUUUUUAUCAUUGUUUAUUGCGUUAAUUAUGAGAAAAGCGGGUCUUCUACUGUUGGAUCUUUAGAUACAUUCAUGUUUAAUAGAUGAAUUAUAUCUGAAAAUAAUGCCAUCAAUGAAUUAAAACUUGAAGAAAACUUUUUUUAA